AUGGCUCGUACCAAACAAACCGCCCGGAAAUCUACCGGAGGAAAGGCUCCCCGUAAGCUGCUCGCCACCAAGGCAGCACGUAAAAGUGCUCCCGCCACCGGAAGAAGCCUCAUCGUUACAGGUCCGAGCUCCGCCGUGAUGGCUCUUCAGGAGGCUAGCGAGGCCUACCUUGUUGGUCUGUUUGAGGACACCAACUUGUGCGCCACGAUCCACGCCAAGCGAGUCACCAUCAUGUCCAAGGACAUCCAGCUUGCCCGCCGCAUCCGUGGCGAGAGAGCGUAA